AUGAUGAACGGACGGCCGGGCCGAGUGCCCUUACAGUUUCUACCGGACGAGGCCCGGAGCCUGCCCCCGCCCAAGCUGAGCGAUCCGCGCCUCCUCUACAUUGGUUUCAUGGGCUACUGCGCCGGCCUGGUUGAUAACGCGAUCCGGCGGAGGCCGGUGGUGAAGGCGGGUUUGCAUCGCCAUCUUCUAUAUGCUACUUCCUUUUUUUUUGUUGGAUAUUACCUUUUAAAACGUCAUGACUAUUUGUAUGCUGUGAGGGACCAUGAUAUGUUUGCAUAUGUAAAAUCACAUCCAGAGGAUUUUCCUGAAAAAGAUAAGAAAAUUUAUGGGGAAAUUCUUGAAGAAUUCCAUCCAGUGCGUUGAAGUCU